AUGCCGUGGGCUGCCAACAACAACCAGGCGGGCGAGCUCCGCCUGCCGUCGCACGCCGCCUUCCUCAAGAGCCAAGGCGCGCCGGCGCCGUCGCAGACGUUCCGCGCGCAGCUCUACCGCCACAGCACGCCGUUCGCCGUCUACUUGCACCCGAGCCAUGCGCCGGCCGAGGCCACCGACGUGCUCUUCGUGCACCCGCGCACGCACGCGCAGUUUGUGGCGCAAGCGCGCUUCCUCGCCGACGUGCCUCUCGAUGCGAUCUGGUGCAGCGACGAACAGCUCAUCAACUUUGAGCUCUGCGACGACCAAGUCGACACGUGGCGCUGGUACAACGCAUCGAAAGACCCGAUCGCGGCCUCAAUCUCGCUCGAGAUUCGACCGCUAUACAAGGCGGCGUCAUCGCCCGAGGCCAUUGACGUGGCGUCCGUCAUUGACGCCUUUCUGAGCGCCAGCGCCGGCAAGAUCGUGACCGAGAACGAGCGCGUCGUGCUUACGCUGGGCGCCAACGAUUACUUUCUGCGGGUCCUCGACAUGGACGCGGACGAUCCGGACGAAACCGAGUUUAGCAUGCCCAACGUCUUCCGCGCCAAGGUUGCGACGGUCACCAGCGUCCUUUUGACGAAGGAAAACCCCAGCGAUGCCAGCUACACCCUGGUCAACGAUAUUCGCACGACGCACGUGGCGCCCAUCACGGCCAAAGGCGAGGUCGUCGACGUCUGGACGUCGGACGACGAGAUGUUCCCUGUCAAGAAGAAGCUGCUCUGGCCGUGCAUCAAGCUCACGUCGGCCGUCAUGGCCGGCUUUGGCGUGCACAAGGACAAGGAAAGCGUCGUUCACGUCGACGUCGACUGCUGCACGUUCGAUCGCGUCCUCCUCUACCUCGAGCACUCUGUCUUGUACCCGGACGAGCCGUUCCAGUUCGAUCCAAACGUCACUGACAGCCUCCUCCAAGCGGCCAUUUCGAUCGGCUGCCAAGGCCUCGAAGACCUCUGCCGCAUGCGCAUGGGCGAGUUCUCGUCGCGCGUCCGCAAGCAAGCGAUUCCGUACGCGCUGGUCGUCGAGAAGAACGCUGGCAACGACACGUGGCUUAUCAUGGACGGUAUGGUGCUCGACAUCACGCGCUGGCUCCCCGAGCACCCCGGCGGCUCGCACCUGAUUCCGGCCGAGGCGCUCAACAUCGACUGCGUCGGUAUGUUUGAGAUCUACCACGCUUCCAAGGCCGCCUUCCGGUACUUGAAGCAGUUUUACAUUGGCGAGCUCGACGCCAAGGAGCGUGCCGAUGUGCCCAGUGGCCACUCGAACCCGCGCAUUCCGCUGCCGUCGCAAGGCUUCCUCGACCUCCUCGCCCAGUAUACCAAGUGGCGCAUUGAGCCCGAAGCCAUCACGCACAUCAGUUUUUAA